UCGUCUCCCGCUUCGGUCUCUAUAGUAACCGCCCAGCAUUGGCCAUUUGGUCACCUGUAAAAUCGCGGUUGAUGGUGCCUGUGUUCCGGUCCCGCUACCUUGAGGACUCCCAGGCCUCUCGGAGACGGAGACGCAGCUCGUCGGGGAGCCAGCCAUCGGCGCAGGCCAGACGCCCCCCUCGGUGCGGACGCUCCCGGUCUCAGUCCCGGGACCGUGAGGGCUUAAGGCCUCCGUGGGGUGGGUCGGGCGUGGGCGCUCCUUCCACGCUUAGACCCUCUGGGUCCCGAGAGCGACCCCCUGGGCUCAGCAACGAUGCCUUCACAUCCUCCCCUUCUAGCUAUUAUGGCGGAUAUCGCUACCAUCAUCAUCACCAUGCUGGUGACUGGCAGGGGGCCGAAGACUACAAGGAGGAGAGCCAUCGGCAGAGGAGGCUGAAAGAGAGAGAGAGGAUUGGGGAGUUGGGAGCACCUGAGGUAUGGGGGCUAUCUCCAAAAUGCCCCGAGCCGGAUUCUGAUGAGCACACUCCAGUUGAGGGUGAAGCAAAGACUCAGGAGAGCAGCAGUUCAGAUUCUAGCUGGGAAGAAAAGAAAAGGAAGAAGAAGGCCAGUCGUUCAAAAAACAAGAAAAAAAGAAAGAAAAACUCAUCCAAAAGAAAACAUAGUAAGUACUCUGAUAAUGACAGCAGUUCAGACUCUGACUCUGAUUCUAGCUUUGGUGAUGAUAAAAAGAGACCCAGAAAAGACAAGAAGAAAGAGAAGAAAAAGAAACACAGAGUCAAGAAAACAAAGAAUAUGAAGACUAAAAAAGAAUUUAGGGACUCAACCUGUAAGGAUUCAGAAGGAGGGUUGCCAGAAGAUAGGUGGAUUGAGCAGCCAAAGACUGCAGAUACCAUGGGUUUAAUAGGCCCAGAAGCACCUAUGAUAUACUACUCUCAAGAUGAGAAACCUUUGAACUACGGCCAUGCGCUGCUUCCAGGUGAAGGUGCAGCUAUGGCUGAGUAUGUAAAAGCUGGAAAGCGUAUCCCACGAAGAGGUGAAAUCGGGCUGACAAGUGAAGAGAUUGCUUCAUUUGAAUGCUCGGGUUAUGUCAUGAGUGGUAGCAGGCAUCGCAGGAUGGAGGCUGUACGACUGCGGAAAGAGAACCAAAUCUACAGUGCUGAUGAGAAGAGAGCCCUUGCAUCCUUUAACCAAGAAGAAAGACAAAAGAGAGAGAAUAAGAUUCUAGCUAGUUUCCGAGAGAUGGUGUACCGAAAGAUAAAAGGGAAAGAUGACAAAUAAGGACUUUGGGUUGUAAAGCAGAAUUUUUAACAUCAAUAACAAAUGUUUUAUAUAACCAAAAUAGUAUUAAAAGGGUUUAUGGUGCUACUGUACCUACUAUAUUAGUAAGCUUCUUGAGAAAAAACUGCUUUUGAAGAAACUGCUCUUUGGCAAUUAAUUUUUUCGUUAUUUUUAACUUAAAAAAGUAAUGCGUACCUAGUUAAAAAAAUCCAAACUACAGGAGGAGGUUCAGUAAAGAGUCUUUCACCCCAGUUAGUGAUCCGUCUCUCCAAAGAAAUCUUUAUUUAACAUCUUCUGUGUAUAUAUAAGCAUUGUUGUGGGAUAAUGAUUGGAGCUAUUAAACUGAAGUUUUUCCCUGUUGCCCUGACUUUUCUCUCUUUGAGGGCUUCCUUGC